AUGCCUCUGGAUAAAACAGAGAACAGAAAGAUCAAAAGACAGAAUCGGCAGAAGCUACCGACGCAGCAGGGACAAACACAGCAGGGACAGACAGAGGCAAGGCGACAGCGUGCGUGUGCCAAUUCUGAUGCAGCUGGGCUGACCUUCGACUGCAACCUUUGGGUCAACUUUUGUGUCUCAAUUGUGCAAUUUUGGUGCAGCCAAAAUCGACGGCAAACACCGGCACGACGCAGGAACAGACGGGGGGGGCAGGACGGCGCGCCGCAAUCGGCGGCCGAUCUGGACCUGGAGCCGCCCGCAGUUGCAGCCCAAGAAAACAACUGGCCUGUUAUCGCCCGCAUUUGCACAUUUUGCGACGCAGGGGAGCAAGACUGA